GGGACUUGCUGGGGAAAAACACUUAUCUUCAUCUUCUAAUUCUCAUGAUGAUGAAGAGAAGUUUUUAGAACAUAUAGAAGUCUCUCAUGCCAAGCGAUUUGUAGCUGGCUCGGUUGAAAAGUCAUACGCUAGGUCAACCAAAGCACCUUCAGUUGUGCAUGAUUUAGAAAUUGAUACAGUGAAGCCUGCUCCUCAUAGUGGCCUGCCUGUAAGUGAGAGUGAUGGGGUGAAAAGAUCAAGUUCUACUCUCCCAUCAGCUCCUUUGAACAAAGGGUCCUUUGACGGACUUGAUACUUCAAUUUCUCCUGUAUUAUCUCCAAAGAUUGUUUCUUCUCCUGAAGGUGUUGUAAAUAGUCCAUCUUCUCCCAAGAGUGACUCACCUUAUACCGGAGGAGCUGCUGCAAGAGAAGUGAACUCCUCAAACACUGUUGUGACCAAUGAAGCUUCAAUUACAAGAUCUAACCAUUCUGAUUUGAGUAUGAACAGUCUUGAUGACGGUCCAGUGCAUGAUGAUAUGCAUGGCUCACUAGAUUUUAGGCAGUAUUUUCAAGAGGGGUAUUGUAAAGCAUCAAGUCAUGAUGAAUUCCGGCAGUUAACUGAUAUCGACAGCAGCCAUAGUCCUCUUGAGAAGGAGAAAUCCGAGGAUGAUGGAGAAAUUGACGACAUGCUUGGAGGUGUAUUUUCCUUCUCUGAAGAAGGUUGA